GUAAGUCAGAAACUAAAUUGAAAGCUAGUGUAGCAGUCUAGCUGAGGCAAUCUUUUGCUCUGACUUUGAGCAAUAGAGGUGAAAGAGAAAAUCAUCAAAAUCUUACCAUUUUUGCAAUCUAUAGCUUGCUUUCAGAAAUGGGUGACAAAUUAGAACCACAACAAAAUAAUGAGCAAGUAGUAGCUGAACCAGAGUGGGCAGAGUCUGAUCAUGGAGUUGAACUUGAACCUGACCAUGAACCCGAAGCCGAUCCUGUACCAGAACCUAAAGUUGAACUUAAACUUGAAGUUGAACCUGACCAUGAACCCGAAGCUGAUCCUGUACUAGAAUCUGAAGUUGAACCUGUGGCUGCAGAUUCCUGCAAGGAUAUUGAUAUCGAGCCACUUUCAGGAAAGCCUUACUUUCCUAUAGUUAUUGUCAAGUCACAUGUCGGCCUUGUUGCUUAUAAAUAUCAACUGAUAUUACCUAUAAAAUUUUCUCAAGCCCUUCCCAACAAAACAAUCCCGGUCAUCUUAACUCGCGGUGGAAACAGCUGGGAGACAGCUUAUUUAGGUGACAAAACACCAUCUAAUAAAAGGUUCGACUCUAGGUGGAGAGCAUUUGCUGAGGACAACAAUCUAAAGGUUGGAGAUGUUUGUGUUUUCGAGCUCGUGGAACAAAGUGAUACUUUGCUCAAGUUCAAGGUUCAGGUCCUUAGAGGUGAUUUUCCAUCUAUGUUACUAUACAAGGAAGAUGGUACCAUCAACAAUCCCAUAGUUGUUGAAUAAAAUUAGUCAUGUUUCUUUCUCUAGUAUAAUUAAUAAAUUAGCUAGGUUGUUUAUUAGUAAGUGGUCUUUUGUUAACUUAUUUACGAAAUAUAUUUGACAUAGCUUGGUAUGACCAUAUGAGCGUAUGACCUCUCCAUUAAUGUGGUUUUUGUAUUAGCUGCUAUGUAUUGUAUACAAGUAGAAUGGAGGUCCGCGUAAACAAGCUGGUUAUUGUUUU